GGGCUCCUCCCUCCUCUCCUCUGCUCGCCCAGGGCUCCUCCUUCUCCUCUCCUCUCAAUCUCCUCUCAUCUCAGCAGUGGUUCUGCAGUGGAAGAGAGGCACGCACGCCCAGGGAUAGAGGGGGCGCGCUAGCAGGAAGCUGAAGCAGGGACUCCCCAUCCUUUGUUUGUUGCCAGGAUGUCAUCGGCGGCUUCCAAUCCAUCAGCUCAACCAGCAGUGGACAAGCAACCACUUAAGCGGAAUAGCGAUGACAUAGGGUGGGAGUAUGGAACUAUUGUCAAUCCAAAUGAUUGGAAUGUCAUAAAAUGCAAGUUAUGUCCUAUGGUUGUCAAGGCUGGGAUUUAUAGGCUUAAGCUGCAUAUUGCUGGUAGAAAAGGGCAAGUCCGAGCAUGCCCCAAUGCAACUCAAGAGGAUAGAGACAAGUGCAGUAAAGCUCUUGAUGAUUCUAGGAAAGCUAAAAUAGCUAGGCUAACAGAAAAACAAGAGGUUAUUGAUGCAGUUGCAGAUGAGAUGGAUGUUAAUGAUGACACGGGCCUUGAUGACAUUGGCAGCUCUCAACCAAGGACAAUGGGUCAUAUGGACAAGUUCACAAUGUCUCUUGACUCCAAUUCUUUGGGUUCCACACAAAAAAACCUUCACCAACAAAAGAUUUCUGAACAUGUAAUGAAAGAAAGGUUGCAUAUAUUGAAGAGAUAUGUUGCUAGGUGGAUGUAUGUGCAAGGAAUACCUUUCAAUGCCAUAAACUGUGAUGAGUUUGACCAAGUGUUGGAAGCUGCUGGCCGCUUCGGUCCAGGUGCAAAGAAACCUUAUCAACAUGAGCUGCGGGAGAAACUGUUGCAUGAGGAAGUGGAGGAUACAAAGAAGAUGAUUAAAGAUCAUGCACAAGAAUGGGAAAAAACCGGUUGCUCUCUUAUGACUGAUGCUUGGACAGACCAAAAGAGGAGGAGCAUAAUGAACAUAUGUAUCAAUUCUGCCAUCGGUACAUAUUUUGUUGAGUCAAAAGAGGUUUCAGCUGAGUCACACACGGGGGAAAUGAUUUUUCAGUUUGUGGAUAACUUUAUUGAGAAAUUGGAUGCUGGUAAGGACCAUCUUGUGCAAGUGGUCACAGAUAAUGCAUCAAAUAAUAUGGCAGCAAAGGAUUUGCUUUAUGUCAAGAGACCCAACCUAUUUUGGACUUCCUGUGCAACCCAUACAAUUAACCUAAUGCUUGAAGGAAUUGGAAAGAUGAAAAGGUUCAAGAAUGUAAUUGAUUCAGCAAAAGGAUUGACCAUAUUUAUUUAUGCACACCACAGCACUUUGUCUCUAAUGAGGAAGUUCACAAAGAAAAGAGAUAUUAUUAGGCCAGGUGUGACAAGAUUUGCCUCCGCUUUUCUCACUUUACAAAGCUUGUAUGAGAAGAAAGAGCAGCUAAGGAUGAUGUCCCAAAGUGAGGAAUGGUGUAAAAUUAGUCAUGUGAAGAAAAGUGCUAAAGGUGUAACAGCCACAGCCACAUUGGUGAAGCCAAUCUUUUGGAAUGGUGUUUCUCUUUGUUUGAGAGUAUUUGAGCCAUUAGUUAAAGUUCUUCGCCUUGUUGAUGGAGACAUUAAACCAUCAAUGCCUUGGGUGUAUGGUGAAAUUCUUAAAGCCAAGGAAGAAAUUAGAGUGGUUGUAGGAAACUUAGACAAGACAGGGACUGGUUUGUACAAGAACCUUAUGGAAGUUGUGGAGGGAAAAAUGAAGAAAAGAUUGGAUUGUCCUAUUCACAUGGCUGCAUAUUGUUUAAACCCUUAUUAUAGCUACAAUAGUCCCUCAAUCUUUGACAAUGAGGAUGUGGUAGAUGGGUUUUAUGCAGCUAUUGAAACAUUCUACCAUGGUGAUUUUCAGAAGCAAAAUGAAGUGAUCAAUAAUGACUUUCACAAGUUUAAGGACAAACUUGGACAUUUUGGGAAAAAAGUAGCUUUGUUUGGCUGCAAGGAUCCUGAAUUCAAUCCAGCUAAGUGGUGGGCAAAUUAUGGAACACAAGUUCCAUUACUUCAAAAGUUUGCUGUUAGAAUUCUCUCUUUGACAUCAAGUGCUUCAGGUUGUGAAAGGAAUUGGAGUUGUUUUGAAGGGGUACGUAACUAAGCCUUUCUUUUUACUUGUUCAUUUCAGCAUAUGUCAAGUUUCUGCCAUACUAAUUGCUUGCAAAUUUACUUGAUACCUUGUAGAUCCAUACAAAGAAAAGGAAUAGACUCACAUGUGACAGAGUUGACAAGCUUGUGUAUGUUAGAUUCAACCAUAUUCAUGCAAAGAGAAGAAUUAGAGCCCAAAAGAAUAAAAAGGCAGAUCCUCUUGUAGCAACCGAUGCAACUUUUGCUCAAGGAUGGAUGGUUGAUGGUGCUGAGAAGGAUGAAGAAGGGUCUGAUGUUGAGCCGGUGACCGGUCUCACAUGGAAAUUGAUUGCUGAGACAUGUGGUGCUGAAGAGGUCACAAAACUACGUAGGAGUGCAAGAUUGACUGUUGAAAGAGAGGUUGAAGACACACCGCUGUCUGAAACUGAAAGUGAAGAAGAAGCACCACAAGAGGAAGAUGUUGACUUUGAGUCGGAUCAAGAUGAUGUGAUCACAGCUGGAUAUGAGCUAGAUGCGGAGGAAGACAAUGAUGGCUGAUGGGAGGCUUUAGCUGCCAUCAUCUAUCUUAUAUUAGCACUAUCUAAUUAUCUUAUCUAUUUGUCUAUGUUGAAAAUGAACUUAUGGACUAUUGCUUUUAUGCUUUGUUUGGCAUUUGUGAGAACUAUUUCUAUUUGUGCUUUGUGAAAGUGUUUGUUCUCUAUUGUGUCUAUCAACCUACCAUUUGUGCUGAAAGUUGUUCUUGUUCAGUGUAUCAACUAUCAAAUGGACCCUUAUACAUAUCACAUGGGCACAUACUAACAAAUCUCGCUUCUUUUUCAGAUACAUAUCUCAAAUUGGGACAAGGACAACAAAAGCUUCAUGUUUGCUUCAAAAAAGGUUAGGAAAAAAUCUUUUUUAUCCUGCUGAAACUAUGCUACAGUAACAUACCGUUUAGGCCGUUUAAUUCCGUCUAAACACGUCUAAACACGUCUAAACCUUAGACAGCUCCUCACCGUCCGUCUACCGUUUUCCGUCUAAGA